GAGGCCUCCAGAUACAGGCUCACUCCAUGCCAUCGAGAAAGGUAUUUUAAACAUUGGAACGAGCUGGAUAAUUUAAUUGAGGCUACUGGGCCCAUCUCAAGCUGAUCUUGGCACUUCUCAUCCUCUGCUGUCUUCAAUCAGUCCUCUAUAUUCCAGUUUGGAAGAAGACUAAAAAUGGUGUUUUCAAUGCGGACAUUGAAGAGACAAUUUCUUAUCCUGUUUAACAUAAUCAUCAUUUCCAAAUUCCUUGGGGCUAGAUGGUUUCCUAAGACUCUGCCCUGUACUGUCAAUGUGGAUUCUCCACAUGUGAUUGUGGACUGCACAGAUAAGAAUUUGAUGGAAAUUCCUGGAGGUAUUCCUGCCAAUACCACAAACAUCACCCUCACCAUUAACCACAUACCAAACAUCUCCCCGGCCUCCUUCCGCGGACUAGACCAUCUGGUAGAGAUCGAUUUCAGGUGCAACUGUAUACCUAUUCGACUGGGGUCAAAAAACAACAUAUGUACCAGGAGGCUGGAGAUUAAACCCAGAAGCUUUAGUGGACUCACUUCUUUAAAAUCCCUUUACCUGGAUGGAAACCAGCUUCUAGAGAUACCUGAGGACCUUCCACCUAGCUUACAACUUCUGAGCCUUGAGGCCAACAGUAUCUUUUCCAUCAUGAGAGACAAUCUAACAGGAUUGGCUAACAUAGAAAUACUCUACCUGGGCCAAAAUUGUUAUUAUCGAAAUCCUUGUAAUGUUUCAUACUCAAUCGAAAAAGAUGCCUUCCUAAACCUGACGAAGUUAAAAGUUCUCUCCCUGAAAGACAACAAUGUGACAGCUGUUCCCACCGUCUUGCCAUCUACUUUAACAGAACUCUAUCUUUACAACAACAUCAUUACAAAUAUCCAAAAAGAUGAUUUUAGUAACCUCGGACAAUUGCAAAUUCUUGACCUAAGUGGAAAUUGCCCUCGUUGUUAUAAUGUCCCAUUUCCUUGCACACCCUGUGAAAACAGUUCUGCCCUAAAGAUCCAUCUAAAUGCUUUUGAUGCAUUGACAGAAUUAAGAGUUUUACGUCUACACAGUAACUCUCUUCAGUAUGUGCCCCCAAAAUGGUUUAAGAACAUUAAAAACCUUAAGGAACUAGAUCUUUCCCAAAAUUUCUUGGCCAGAGAAAUGGGAGAGGCCCAAUUUUUGCAUUUUCUUCCCAAUCUGGUCCAAUUGGAUCUAUCUUUCAAUUAUGAGCUUCAGGUCUAUCGUGCAUUUAUGAAUCUGUCAGAUACAUUUUCUUUACUGAAAAACCUGAGAAUUUUGCGGAUCAAAGGAUAUGUCUUUAAAGAGCUGAAAAGCCUGAACCUCUCCCCAUUACAAAAUCUUCCAAAUCUUGAAGUUAUUGAUCUUGGCACUAACUUUAUAAAAAUUGCUAACCUCAGCAUAUUUAAACAGUUUGACAGACUGAAAGUCAUAGAUCUUUCAAUGAAUAAAAUAUCACCUUCAGGAGAUUCAAGUGAAGUUUGCUUCAGCUCUAACACCAGAACUUCUGCAGACAGUCCUAGAUUCCGUGUCUUUGAAUCAUUACAUUAUUUCAGAUAUGAUGAGUAUGCAAGGAGCUGCAGGUUCAAAAACAAAGAGACUCCUUCUAUCAUGCCUUUUGAUGACGAGUGCCACCAGUAUGGGCCGACCUUGGACCUAAGUAGAAAUAAUAUCUUUUUUGUCAAGGCCUCUGAUUUUGACAAUCUUAUUUUCCUCAGAUGCCUAAACUUGUCGGGAAAUACCAUUGGCCAAACUCUCAAUGGCAGUGAAUUCAAGCCUUUAAAAGAGCUGAGAUAUUUGGACUUCUCUAACAACCGGCUGGAUUUACUCUACUCAACAGCAUUUGAGGAGCUUCACAAACUGGAAGUCCUAGAUAUAAGUAGUAACAGCCAUUAUUUUCAAUCAGAAGGAAUUACUCACAUGCUAAACUUUACCAAGAACCUAAAGUUUCUGAAGAAACUGAUGAUGAAUGACAAUGACAUCUCUACCUCCACCAGCAGGACCAUGGAGAGUGAAUCGCUUAUAACUCUGGAAUUCAGAGGAAAUCACUUGGAUAUUUUAUGGCGAGAUGGUGAUAACAGAUACUUAAAAUUCUUCAAGAAUCUGGUAAAAUUAGAGAAAUUGGACAUCUCUAAAAAUUCUCUGAGCUUCUUUCCUCCUGGAGUUUUUGAUAGCAUGCCCCCAAAGCUAAAGAAUCUCUCCUUGGCCCACAAUGAGCUAAAAUCCUUCAAUUGGGGAAAUCUCCAUUUUCUGAAGACACUGGAAACUUUGGACCUUAGCCACAACCACCUGACGACUGUCCCUGAGAGAUUAUCCAACUGUUCCAGAAGCCUCAAGAAACUUAUUCUUAAGCAUAAUCAAAUCAGGAAUCUGACUAAGCAUUUUCUACAGGAUGCUUUUGAGUUACGACAUCUGGACCUCAGUUCAAAUAAAAUCCAAGUUAUCCAAAAGAGUAGCUUCCCAGAAAAUGUCCUCAACAACCUGGAGAUGUUGCUUUUGCAUAAUAAUCCAUUUCUAUGCACCUGUGAUGCUGUGUGGUUUGUCUGGUGGGUUAACCAUACAGAGGUGACUAUUCCUUACCUGGCCACAGAAGUGACUUGUGUGGGGCCAGGAGCACACAAGGGCCAGAGUGUCGUCUCUCUGGAUCUGUAUACCUGUGAAUUAGAUCUGACUAACCUGAUUCUGUUCUCAUUUUCUGUAUCUGCAGCUCUUUUUCUCAUGGUGGUUACAACAGCAAGUCACCUCUAUUUCUGGGAUGUAUGGUACAGUUACCAUUUUUGUAAGGCCAAGAUAAAGGGGUAUCAGCGUCUGACAUCACCAGACUCUUGCUAUGAUGCUUUUAUCGUGUACGACACUAAAGACCCAGCUGUGACAGACUGGGUUUUGGACGAGCUGGUGGCCAAAUUGGAAGAUCCAAGAGAAAAACAUUUUAACUUAUGUCUUGAAGAAAGGGACUGGUUACCAGGGCAGCCGGUCCUGGAAAACCUUAGCCAGAGCAUACAGCUUAGCAAAAAGACAGUGUUUGUGAUGACAGACAAGUAUGCAAAGACUGAGAAUUUUAAGAUAGCAUUUUACUUGUCUCAUCAGAGGCUCAUGGAUGAAAAAGUAGAUGUGAUUAUAUUGAUAUUCCUUGAGAAGCCCCUUCAGAAGUCCAAGUUCCUCCAGCUCCGGAAGAGGCUCUGUGGGAGUUCUGUCCUUGAGUGGCCAACAAACCCACAGGCUCACCCGUACUUCUGGCAGUGUCUGAAAAAUGCCCUGGCCACGGACAAUCAUGUGGUGUAUAGUCAUGUGUUCAAGGAGACAGCCUAGCCGUUCUUGGCAAGAGGGACUGCCUAGCUUACAGAGGAUAUGCCUGGCUGCCUAGAUUUGCUCAUAAAUGUCUCACCAAAAGAGUGUUUUCAAAUUCUCCAAAGAGCUGGGAUUGCCCAUAUUACAAGGGAGUCACCAGUGCCUGACAAAGAAGUUAGAAAGAUAGGAUUUAUAUGAUGCAUUGGGUCUUCUUUCUCAUCUCUCUCUGUCUCCAUUUGCACUUGGGUCUCUCCCUUCAGAUCACAUAUAAAAUGGGAGAAAGGUACAAGCAGAAAACCUGGGGCUCUGA